AUGAAAGGGGUCAUCGACCCACAGAUGGAGAUCUACGUGCUCAGCGAGACGGGCUCCGCCGCCUUGAAGGCCAGCGAUGCUGUGCACAUGGCCAUGCAGGUGGCCUUGCGUGCCCAGGGCUUGGCGGAGGAGGCCAUCUCUCACGGCAUCACCUCGAUGCCCAAGCUCCGGGACACGGAUGUGCACUUGUCGCCCCUGAACGAGGCAGAGGGGGCGGACUUCGACGACAACCAGGAGCACACCCCGGAGGAGUUGGCGCUCCAUGGCAAGGAGGUCCUGAAAGCGAAGCAGAAGGUGGACAAAAUGGACGACGGGGAGCCGGCCGGCCUCACUUCCUCGGGCUGCCACUGCGACCCGCAGGCGAAGUGCGCACUUCAGGGCCGUUCCUUUACCUGGUGCCGAGUGGGGGGCGGCCAGUGCAGCCUGCUGUCGGCCUCGGCGAGGAAGGAGCACCCUUUAGACCCUGCCCUGCACGACCAUGACCUCUACAAAGCAGGAGGUCCUGCGGGCGCCCAUGCCUUGAAGGAGCGAGAUUUGGAGCGCUCCGGCACGGUAUGGGACUACUGCGAGCCCAAGCUGGGGUUGAGCAGCGCAGGCGCGGCGCCCCGCACGGCCCACGGCGCCAUGUGCGCGUGGCGCGGGGAUAUCCUGAGGCGAUACAUGGAGGAUCCCUUCUUCCUGAAGCCAGACCGGUCUCUGGACCUCAAGAAGGUCCCCCUCCGGGACCGGCUCGCUGUGGAGGCGAUGCUUCAGUACCAGAAGGACUCUGCUCAUCAGCACCUUUGCACCACUACGGACGAGAGCAAGACCUUCCACGUGUGCCCCACCACCGUGGACGACGAGCGCCCGGAGCUGGCGGGCCGCGGCUGGGGCGCCUCCCACAGCUGGGACUUCUGCAGUGAGCGGUUUCUGGAUGGGGAGAACGGCGGGCCCGUGGAGGAGUGGAAGCCGCCUACCACUGAUACCUCGGUGCACGAGGAAGUCUCCGAGCCGCUGCCGCCGCCCAAGGCGCCGGAGCUGCCGGAAAGAGAGGCUGCGCCUCCGGAGGAGGUGCGGCUGGGCGACAUCGAGGAGCCCAUCGGCUACAUUCCGCCGCCUGUGCCGGCCGCCUCAGCGGAGGAGCUCCACACGCACCCGUCGGACCAGAUGCAGUUGCAAGCGGCAGCUGUGCCGCCGGGCGCGCUGCUGCUGCCAUGCCUGCCAAGAAGGACCUUCCGAGGGCGAGGCAGAUCGUGCUUGUCCGAGUUCCUGGUUGCAGCCUGA